AUGCGCCGGGUGUCUAUUAUAGUCCCCAGCUUUAACGCGGGUUAUUACCUCCGCGACUGUGUAUCCUCGAUACGACAGCAUACAGCAGGUGUCGAUAGAGAAGUGAUUGUGGUGGACGAUGGUUCGACAGACGAGAUGAGCGUCCGCGUGAUAGAAGAAUUGGCCUCUGAGCCGGAUCUCAAAGUGAUCCGCCAUGGCAAGAACCUCGGCGUCCAAUUCGCUCGCAACACAGGCCUGAAGGCAGCUGGGGGAGACUACAUUGUUUGUCUGGACGGAGACGACGUUUUGCUGCCAAUCUUGGAGCAUGGAAGCUUUCUAUCGGAAGCGACACGAAUCCUCUCCGAGAAGCCCGAGGUCGCAUUCGUACACACCAUGUCGGAGAUGUUUGGGGACUUCAGUGGCUUGACGAUCUCCUCGUACCCUCUCCGUGAGGAAAUGGUUGCCCGAAAGCACCAUAUACACAUCGCUAUCGUGUAUCGCCGUACCGAGAUCUCUCAGGGUCUGCAUUACAUGGAGACGGUGCCGAAGUGGCAGGACUGGGCGUUUGGGGCCUCUUUGCUCGCGCGCAGGUGGGCAAGGAGGGAGCAAUUGGAGAUUGGUUUCGUCAAGGGUCCUGGGUAUGGCUACCGCAUUCAUUCUGCAGUUGCUCGAAUUUCUCAGACUGAGGUCCGUGAGCACGAUGCCACACGGCUGGUGAUCGAAGCCCAUACGGAUUACUUCGCCUCAAGACUCCCACAUGUGACGAACAAUGUAGAGGAUCUGACUGCAAUUGUGGUGGCAUCCAAGCCGAGCGCGCUUGCGGAUCUGCUGUUCAUGGCAUCUUUUGAUCUGGAGCAGGCCUUGGGUGUUGCUCGGGAUCGCGGAUACCAACUCGGUUCAGCCCAGGUCGACCGGCUUGGAAUCCCCUAG